GCAGCAAAUCUAAAAUUAGCGUUAGCAUAGGUAACAUCAGAAAUGCUGGUAAAAGUAGAAGCACUAGCAGGAGCGUUGGCAGUAGCACGGAGGCAAGCGCAUUGGUGAGUGUCCCAGAGUGUCGAGCGUCCGAGGAGGAGGAGAGAGGGAGGGAGAGCGAGGGGAUCACCCAGAGCUCCACCUGCGAGCCCACCUCCACCACACCCCCACUGCCCCAGGACAGCAACAUCAGUCUGGACUCCAGGACUGGCAUUGAGAGUGGUUAUUCCUCUUUGGAGAAAGCUGGACCAGAUGUCUCUGCCCCAUUCCAGGAACUCUUCACCCAGUCUGAUGGCUCUACCUCCGCCCAAGAGUAAGACUCCACCCAAUCAAGAUUCCACCACUCCUCCCUCUCGCUUGCCCCUGCCCUGCUCCUCUGUCUCCUCCUCCUUUGCCAGACAAGCCAAUCACGGUGGCAUUGAGCCAAAUGGGACGGUCAGGGGCGUGGCUCAUGUCUCUUGGGCGGAGUACGCAACAGUGCUGGGUCCGUCUUCAGCCAAGAGUGUUCCCAUCCCGCACAACACACACACACAGCUACCUGAUGCACAAGCACACACGCCCACACACACUCACCCGACACACACUCCCCAAACGCCCAUACUCAGUCCCAGCGCGACAGACUCAAGCCGAACACGCAGCCCAGGAAGAGAGGAGGUCAACAGGCUGUUUGGGCGUGAGCGCAGAAGGUCACAGGUAAUUGGACAGUUUGAAAGGGACAAUGCUGGGGCCUCAAGCACCAGUUCAUCUUCGUCAUCCUCCUCUUGUUCCAUCGCAUGGCCAGAAGAGAGUGACAAACGUCAUGUCUGCAAAAAACAGGAACCUGACCGCUCCUUUACCAGUUCCUCACGCUUCUGUGCCACCAGAAACCGACGCUCCAAAUCAUUGGACCGCAGAGCGUCAGAUCCCACCUCUACACCCGACCUCAUCAAUCACAAGAAAGGAUGGAUGACCAGGCUGGGUGAAGAUGGCCAAUGGAAGAAGCACUGGUUUGUCCUGACCGACCAGAGUCUUCGAUUCUACAGAGACUCCAUUGCAGAAGCGGCUGCUGAUCUAGAUGGGGAGAUCAACCUGUCCACUUGUUAUGAUGUCACAGACUUUCCUGUCCAAAGGAACUUUGGCUUCCAGAUCCAUACCAAAGAGGGAGUGUUUACACUCUGCGCAAUGACAUCUGGGCUCCGACAGAACUGGAUCCAGGCGAUGAAGAAGAACAUACGUGCUCCUGUCAACCUGGAUGUAACAAGCUGUGCAAUACCGCGAUUAAUAGGAACUAGAAGUUCAGCAUCAGCAGCACCCCGAGGUGCACCACUGGAGACAGAGAAAAGGAGCCGAGUCCGUGAGCGGCGACGCGAGGGGCGCUACAGAACGUACGACUGGUCAGAGUUCUGCCUGAAAAAUCCCAAACAUGAAGAGCCAGGGGUCUCAGCGCAGAGACGUCAGGACUCCAUCACUCCUCCCGUCGUUUCACCUCCCUCCUCCCUCUCCGCCGCCUCCUCCAUGUCCUCAGCCAUGUCCCAACCAAUCAGAGACCACGCACAGGAAGGGGCAGGGCCAGAGAGAGCUGGUCCCCAGACCCCAACCAAUAACGGUGCAGAGGGGGCCGCCCUGCUACCCCCGCCAACUCUCAGCUUCACUCCACCUGAGGAGUCUGAGAAGGAGACUGCGCAGGGUUUCCACGGUGACAGCUCUGACAGGCAAGAGGCUAAUGAGGACAGAGGGACACUAAACUUUGACCUCACGGGAGACAGGAAAGAUGGCAUGGCAGAUGAAAAGCAAUAUAACGAGACCGUACAGAUCACACCCACCCCUUUAUCUCCAAUUUUUUCUUCAUCAUCGUCUUCCUCUUCCUCCUCCUCCUUCUCCUCAUCCACAUCUUCUGUGCAGACUGACUUGUCAGAGCGUGACGACCAACUCCAGGUCCUACGCGGUGAGCUGGAGGCAGAGCGUGGGAGGGCCCUGACUCAAAGGGAAGAGUCUCAGCAGAGUGGAGGUGGCUUCCGCACCGAACUAGCUGAUGGAGUGCAGAAGCAGGAAGAGGUGGAGUCUAAGCUCCAGGAGGCGGAGACUAAGCUCCAGGGGGCGGAGUCCCAUCUCCAGGACCUCCAGUCGUGCCUGGAGACGGCCGAGUCGGCUCUCCGGGAGCGCGAGGACACCAUCGGGGAGCUGCGCUCGCGCCUGGAGGCCACAGCCGGGCGCCUGAGGAGCAUGGAGGAGGCUGAGGAGCAGAAGGAGCAGCGCCUGAAGAAGCACCUCCUGCUGCUGCAGGAGAGCCAGGAGCGCGAGCGCCGCAGCCUGGGCGCCAGCCUGGAGAUGGCCGAGCAGCGGGUCCACGAGCUGGAGGAGCGGCUGCAGCGGCAGGAGGCGCAGUGGGCCGCCGAGCUGCAGCGCAGGAGCGCCGAUCUGGACGGGAGGCACGGCGAGCUGGAGAGGAGGUGCGGCGAGCUGGCCACCCAGCUGGAGGAGUCGGACGGCGAGGUGGGGCGCCUGCGCGAGCGCCUGCGGGCCGAGGAGACGCUCUACUACGACCUGGAGCACAGCUACGAGCGCGUGCGCGAGGACCUGGAGUGCGCCAAGGGCCGCGAGCAGAGCUGCGAGGAGCGCUGCCGCCACCUGCUGGAGCGGAAGGAGCGCGAGCUGCAGGAGAUGCUGGUGAAGAUGGCGGCGCUGGGGAACAGCCUGGAGGAGACGGAGCAGCGGCUGCAUGAGGCGCGCGAGGAGAGCGGGAGUCGUCGUUGCGCCUCCUGCUGCGCAAUCGUCUCAGAGUGGCAGGAGCAACCCACAUCAAAAGCCAGCACUCCAACAACCAGCCCAACGCAGCCACUACCGAGCACCUGCAGAGAGGACGACGUCAGGCAGAAGGUGUGGAGAGGUAGCGUAGCGUCACCUUACGAGGACGCGUCGUCCACUGCAGCAGCGGCGGGAGAGGAGUCGGACAAAGUGAUCUCGGUGAUCCAGGCGCUCGAGAGCAAGCUGAGCGACACAGAGGAGAGGCUGAGGGAGAUCACACUCCACCUACAGCAGCAGCAGCAGCAGCACGAGAUGGCGAGUGCUCUGGAACAGCCAGCUGGAGAGUUACGGGGUCGUCUCUCUGACCUUCACCAGGAAGCCCACAAGCAGAGAAGUAUCCAUGGCAACACGAGAUCAGCACACCUCCUCUUUCACAGGAGUGACCUGGGAUUCUCAACCGACCCUGGAGCUGUGGAGAGCGCAGGUGUGCUAGAGAGUGGGGAAAUCAGCAACGCGUGUGUGAGAGCAGAGCUCGCGUACCUCACCCACGCGCUCCUCACGGACACACUCCACGAGCAGCCAGGGCGAGAUUCCUCGGAUUCCUCGGACGAUGACGACGACUGCUCCUGGGGGGCCACCGGAGGGGAGCCCCGACCCGUGGGCGGCCGCGAGCUAGCAGACCUCGGCCCCCCAGAGCUCACCCUGUACCAGGGCCAGGAGGACGAGCUGCACCAGGGAGACACAAGUGAGCACCAGUGCAGAGGAGCAGAACAGGGCCUGGUCGGCGAGCUCCACGCUCAGGCCCAGGCGCUGCGCCACCUGUCCCUCCAGCUCCAGAUGGAGAAAAGCAGGACGACACUGACCGACUCAUCGGCGGCGGCGGCGGCGGCGGUGGCAACCCUGACAUCCCCAGACGUCCUGAGGGAAGCGCUCCUGCACGGCCAGUCCAUCUACGUGGCGUGGCGAGCACGGGCAGCUGUGCAGCGGGAGGCGGGCACCCUGCGCUCGCAGUACGAGCGGGCGGUCAGCGAGUGCCAGGUGGUGUGCAGCAGCAUGGAGACGCUCUUCCAGGAGCAGCGUGAGCGCUACGAGGCGCGCCUCCGCGAGGAGAGCCACGCCCUGGACCUCGCCCUCUCCCAGCUGGAGAAGGAGCAGGAGGCGCGUGCCGCGGCCGAAGCCAGCGCCCGGGAGAGGGCCGAGGAGGUGCAGAAGCUGGAGACGGAGUUCCGGGAGAAGCUGCAGGAGCUCCAGGAGAUCCACGAGGAGGAGAUGGGCCGUCUCCAUGGUUACUAUGCGCAGGUCACCACCUCGGCCAGGGCGGGCCAGGUGAACGGUCGUGAGAGGGCGGGGCUGGCGUCCAUUGCAAACUUAAAAGAGCAAAUCAGAGAGCUGGAGGAAGAGGUGGUCAGUCUGAGGGAUGAGCUGGCGAACAGGAAGGAGAGGGGAGACUCCGAAGCACAAGAGGCUGACCACCAGAGGGAUCUGGACAGCCUAAAGACGACAUUUGAGCGCGGCAUCAGUAGCAUGGAGGAGAGCCACCGUAAGGUUCUGGAGGACCUGCGGCGUCAGCACCAGCGAGAGGUGGAACGCCUAAAGGAGGAGAGGGACCAGCUCCUGCAGGAGGAGACCAACGCCACUAUAGCAGCUAUUGAGGCGAUGAGGAAGGCUCACGUGGCAGAGCUGGAGAAAACCCAGAGGAGCCACCGCAGCAAAGCCAGCGCAGACACCGCCUCCCAAGACCUCACUAUGAUGAGGAGCUGGAUUCUCUACACAGAGAGCUGGAGGUGUUAUCAGAGCAGUACUCUCACAAGUGCCUGGAGAACAGACAGCUGAGCCGAGCCAUAGAGGCCGAGAGACAAGCACUGAGCCUCAGCCAGAGAGAGAACCUGGAGCUACAGACCCAGAAUCAGGGUCUGAAGAAACGCUUGGCAGCUGAGAUAUCUUAUGUACGUUCCAACAAAAAUGGAGAAUGUAGGGACAAAACUGAUACUCACAUUAAGGACCUAUAUCAACUAGAG